AUGAGAAACAAAAAUAAGCAAAAGCAAAUUGAUAACAUCUUACAGAACGAAACCAAUGAUAAUAACAUCGAUUUUUCGGUGAGUGCCGCCUUAAAGGCUGGCCAAGAAAUCAUCAAAUUACGUUUGGCAGUUAUGGACCUCAAUAUGGACAAACAGAAUGCAUCUUUAAUCGAAAUGCGCCAAAUAAUUGAUGAAAAUUUUACAAAAAUUUUCGAUAUACUAAAGCAAAUUCAAGGACAAGACAAGCAGCCAUUGGGGAAAGUAAACAAAAACUUUACAGAUGUAAAUGGAGUAACUCCCAUGUCAUUUGCCACUGAGCUAGCCUCCCAAAAUGAACCUGAGACCAUUUUUAGAUACGAUAUACAGGAACAAGAUGAGCCUAGAAUAUGCAAAUUGAACUCUAAGGGUAAUCUAAUAUGCUCCGACUUGCUAUUACCCACCAUGUGCUCUGACUCAAAUUCACUCAAUUGUGUGAACAACCAAUGUCGCGUUAAAAAUCCUAUUUAUGGGUCCAAAUCAUUCUGGAUUUCCUGCGAUGGCGACUGGACGGUUAUACAGAGGCGUAUAAAUGGAUCUGUUAACUUCUAUCGCAAAUGGGACGAUUAUAAAAAUGGCUUUGGAGAUUUGGAUGGAGAAUUUUGGUUGGGUCUGGAUAAACUGCAUUCUCUGACGACUAUUCAUGGACCUGUCGAACUCUAUGUGGAAAUGAAAGAUUUCCAUGAUGUUGAGAAAUUUGCCACCUACGAUUCCUUUUCGAUUGACAAUGAAGCGAAUAAGUAUUUCAUGAAUAAUCCGGGUAUUUAUUUUGGCAAUGCUGGUGAUUCUCUGAGAUAUAGCCAGCGUGAGAAAUUUUCCACUUACGAUAAUGACAAUGACAGUAAUAACUCUAAC